AUGACUACAACUCCUACUACUAUCCAGACUACGCCUACUACUCCUACUACUCCUACUACCACCACCACCACCACUAUUGUGACGACUGAAGUCGUCACGGAGAAGUUCAUUAGUGUUAAGGCCACCAUAACUGUGACGCUUACAGUUGGAGGCUUUCUCUCACACCUUGGUCUAAAACGAGGGCUUGAUGAUAUAACAGACAUGCUUGGUCAAUCGCUCUUAUUGGAGCUUGUUAGCGCUGAGCUUGAUCCCAAAACUGGAUUAGAGAAGGUGAAGGUUGCAGGGUUCGCACACAGGAGCCGCCGAAAGGAAGGUGAGAUAAUGUACGAGACAGACUUCAAAGUUCCAGUCCAUUUUGGGGAGGUGGGUGCUGUUUUGGUAGAGAAUGAACACCACAAGGAGAUGUUUCUCAAGGAUAUUGUCCUCGAUGGCCUCCCCUAUGGCUCUGUACAUCUUAGCUGCAAUUCUUGGGUCCACUCCAAGUAUGACAAUCCUGAGAAGAGGGUCUUCUUCACCAACAAGUCAUACUUGCCAUCUCAAACACCAAAUGGGUUGGUGAGGCUAAGGGAAGAGGAACUUGUGACUUUGCGUGGCAAUGGCCAAGGAGAGCGGAAGUUCUUUGAGAGGAUAUAUGAUUACGAUGUUUACAACGAUCUUGGGGAGCCUGAUAAGAAUUUAAGACUUGACAGACCAGUACUUGGUGGCAUAGAAUUCCCUUAUCCCAGACGUUGUAGAACUGGACGACCACAAUGCGAAGCAGAUUCCUUAUCCGAGAAAAGGAGCAACAAGUGGUACGUUCCUAGAGAUGAAGCCUUCUCAGAGGUAAAGCAGCUAACAUUUUCAGCAAAGACAGUCUACUCUGUGAUGCACGCAUUGGUACCAUCUCUGGAGACGGCGAUGGCUGACAAUGAUCGUGGAUUCGCAUACUUCAGCGCCAUAGACUCACUUUUUAGCGUGGGGAUUAACUUGCCUCCCUUCAAGGAACAAGGGAUUCUCAAAACCCUCCUUCCCAGGCUAGUCAAUGUUGUGGCUUCUGGAGAUGAUGUCUUGCGUUUUGUACCCCCGGAAACUAUGAAUCGGGACAAAUUCUUUUGGUUUAGGGAUGAGGAAUUUGCUAGGCAGACUCUUGCAGGUCUGAAUCCAUACAGCCUCAAGUUGGUGACGGAAUGGCCAUUGAAGAGUGAAUUGGACCCCGAGAUCUAUGGCCCGCCGGAAUCAGCGAUCACGAAGGAAAUAAUUGAGCAAGAGAUUAGAGGCUUCCCAACCGUUCAGGAGGCCAUAAGAGAGAAGAAAUUGUUUAUUUUAGAUUACCAUGAUUUGUUUUUGCCCUAUGUGAGUAAAAUAAGAAACAUCGAAGGCACCACGCUAUAUGGAUCUAGGACUUUGUUUUUUCUAACCCGGGAAGGAACACUGAGGCCACUGGCUAUUGAGCUCACAAGGCCGCCAAUGGACGGAAAGCCACAGUGGAAGCAAGUUUUCCAGCCAUCUUGGAACGCCACCGGGGUCUGGCUUUGGAGGCUUGCCAAGGCACAUGUCCUUGCCCACGAUUCUGGUUAUCAUCAACUCGUUAGUCACUGGCUAAGAACACAUUGCGUCACAGAACCUUAUAUAAUCGCAACGAAUCGACAACUCAGUGUCUUGCACCCAAUCUAUAGAUUGUUACAUCCCCAUUUCAGAUAUACGAUGGAGAUUAAUGCUCUUGCUCGCGAAUCGCUCAUCAACGCCGGCGGUAUCAUCGAAAGCUCGUUCUCUCCUGGAAAAUACUCCCUUGAGAUGAGCGCAGUUGCCUAUGGCAAGGAGUGGCGGUUCGACCAAGAGGCGCUCCCGGCUGACCUUAUUAGAAGGGGCAUGGCUGUUGAAGACCCAACCGCACCGCAUGGUCUAAAGCUAACAAUUGAAGACUACCCUUUUGCCAAUGAUGGUCUCCUCAUGUGGGAUGCCAUCAAACAAUGGGUCACUGACUAUGUACACCACUACUACCCAGACUCCAGCGUUGUACAGACUGAUGGAGAACUCCAAGCAUGGUGGACAGAAAUCAAAACAGUAGGCCAUGCAGACAAAAAGGACGAACCAUGGUGGCCAGAACUCAACACCCGUGAAGACCUUAUUGGCAUCAUCACCACAAUGGUGUGGGUCACAUCUGGCCACCAUGCAGCUGUCAACUUUGGGCAAUAUGUCUAUGCGGGUUAUUUCCCUAACAGGCCGACAAUUGCAAGGACCAAUAUGCCCACAGAAGACCCCUCGCCAGAGUUUUGGAAAAACUUCUUGAAAAAGCCUGAAGUUGCACUUUUGCAGUGCUUCCCUUCACAAAUCCAAGCAACAAGAAUCAUGGCUGUUCUGGACAUUUUGUCAAAUCAUUCACCGGAUGAAGAGUACAUUGGAGAGAAGAUGGAGGCGGCAUGGGCUGAGGAACCCGUUAUAAAGGCGGCGUUUGAACGCUUUAAGGGGAGGUUGUUGGUGAUUGAAGGAAUUAUUGAUGAUAGAAAUGCCAACAGUGAGUUGAAAAACAGAAAUGGAGCUGGGGUUGUGCCUUAUGAGCUUCUAAAGCCUUUUUCACAACCUGGGGUCACAGGAAUGGGAGUUCCAUAUAGCAUCUCUAUUUGA